CGUGUACACCAAAUGGGACGUUCGCUGUCCUUAAGACUCGUUCUCUCUUUCUCUACUUUCUUUGAUUUCAAUCUCUCUCUCUCUCCAAUUUUCUCCCUUUCCUCUUUCAGUUUCUCUCUCCAGAAUUUUUGAAUACCCUCACUGCUGCGAUCAUGACUUCGCAGGACAAGGGUAGACCCUUGCCCAAAUUCGGAGAGUGGGAUGUAAACAAUCCUGCAUCAGCUGAAGGAUUCACUGUCAUAUUUAAUAAAGCAAGAAAUGAUAAGAAGACUAAUAAUGGUAACUCUGCCACCGAGAAAACGUCAAAAAAUACAACAAAAGCAAAUGAUAAUAAAGUUCAAUAUCCUCCAUCGAGGAAGUGGUUUUGCUGCCGUUGAUGCAUGAAUGUGAUGGAACUCAAUGCAGUGUCAUACUUCCAACAAGGUCUACUUGCAUUUGGAUGAAUUGUUACAUGUCCUGUCUUUUUUCUUUUUGGAACUCUCUUUAUAGCUUUGAUGGGUUACCCACUCUAGGAAGGAGUGUAAGAGAUGCAAAAACAUAAAAUAUAUUGUGUUUAUGUUAAGUGUAGGAAUACUUUGCAGGUGAAUUAUUUUUUGUUUCUUGUUUUUGCAAUUAAUUUUGAUUGCUUUCAUGGUAA